AUGAAGGCGCUGCUGCCCCGUCUGUGCAUUGUGCACCUGUGCUUGACCCCUUCGCCCGUGGAGGGGCACACCCGAAGGGGAUUCCCAAUUGGAGCGAAUCUGUCUCCACGGGGACCGGAAGUUCGCCCCCCUGUCCCUCUGGUGGGGUCUAAUCGCGUUUUGAGAAUUAGGUCUGUUCAAACACAACCUAUCUGUUGUAGACGAGAAAGCGAAUGCCCUCCUGUUUUUACAUGUGGUGACUCCACCACAAGUGAGAGAAAGAGCAAAAGAGGAAGGCAUCCUCACCGGGGUUCACUCCACUUUGUUCAAGGCAUCUCCUACGGGGUAUCGCCCCGUUUGGAAGAACUCAAUGUAGCAGACGCAUGGGGAAGGAAAAAAAAAAAAAAAUCUUCGUCCAUCUACCCAACAGGGGAAGAUAAACAGUUAUCCCUUCGUUUGUCACCACAGCAUGUACGAGACUCCCUGAUGGUCUGCAAAAAUGAAUCCAUAUUCACUACAGUCACAGUAAGUUGGGGUGCAGAGGAGGCGGGGGAUCUACUGGAAGAGCUUUACCGAGGAAGUGAAGUAAGGAGAAGUUCUUUUCCCAAGUAUGCCUUUUUUAAGAACGCAGACGAUUUUUUAGGUUUAGAAAAAAUUUACACCAUAUCGACAAGAAGGAGAUGGAAGACUACCUCUCCCUGGAGUUCACUAAUGCGGGAGGAUCAAUUAAAUAAGUGCAUUCGUCAAAUAGACGACAUGAAGGGGGUAUACAGCGAAGAUCUAUUGGCUGGACUAUAUGCCUUGAAACACAGAGAAGAAAAGAGAUACCUAGAUCAGUACACUCCCUCGCACUAUGCCAACUCAUUUAUUUUUUUAUUUCCGCCACCGAAUUUAUCAGGAGAGUUACACGCGGGGCAUUACUUCAACUUCGUUCAGCUCCACGUGCUCCUACUCUUCAGUAGGCACAUAUGGUCCAAGUUUUCCCUAGCGCUGUACGGCGCAGACCACGGAGGACUCAGCGCUCACGCUGCGUUCUCCAGAGUAGCCAACCCAAAGUGGACAAGGGAGAAGUACAUGACCGAAAUGAAGCAGUGGCAGGAGAAGUUGAAGGAAAAAAUACUCAUGUGCAUGCAGAAAAUGAAUAUCGUGGUGGACAGGAGUCGCUUUUACAGCACCAUGGAUGAAAAUAUGAAGAACAUUGUGAUGGAUACAUUCCGUGUAUUGUAUAGGAACGACUUUAUUGUGAAGAAACUUUACCCUGUGUAUUACUGCCCUCGGUUAGGGACCAUCGUUUCCAAAUUGGACGUAGAAUUUAGGGAGGCCCUCCGACCCAAGUGGAGGGUAACACUACGCCUGGUGGAUGGUGGUGAAGAGUUACAUGCGCACACAUCGAGUGACUCCCCCAAUGGGGAUACUUAUCCGACGGAGAAAUCAGAAGACAGAGUAGAAGGGGAGCUGCCGAGCUGUAAGUAUACGAAUAAUUCAGAGCAAAAAAAUGAGGUGAAGUUUUUCCCACAGAGCUUCCACCAUUUUUUCAACGUAAAAAGUAUUCAUGAGAUGGAACCGGGACGUACCCCAUCGGAAUAUAUCCAUAUCGAAGUAGCCAAUUUGGAAGAGCUAAAAGGAAUUGUAGCUAUUUUAUACUUUUCUUCAAAGAAGGAAAAGCGCUAUAGGGGCAAGUACGCCCUUCUGCCUCUCCUAAACAGGGGAAUACCUCUGAUUUGUGGCAACGAGCGGAAUGUCCUACCAGUACUUCGAAGGAGGAAGGUGGAGGAGAUAACGUUGCAUGGCGUGGGUCACGGAGAAAACGCUGAAGAUGUGUUCAUCCCCGUGUUCUCCAAGGAGAGGGACUUUAACCACUAUGCGAAUGGAACAGGGUACACACAGCAGUCGGAGGAGUUACGUUGUGCCCGACGGGGGGAUCAUACGGUACAUAAGGAGGCGCAGAGCUGCCGAGGAGAGCAGGGACUCCUUCCACUCGUGGAACACCUAAUGAAGAAUGGCCUUGCCGAAGUGGUAACCCCACUGGACACUAAACUCAAAUGUGCCUUUUAUAAAAAUAACGAAUGUGUACUGACUCUGGCGGAACAGUGGUGCCUGCACUAUGAGAAACUGUGCAAAACCUUUUUUGAUGGUCCGCAUGGAGGGGAAAAAAGGAGCUACAGAAUAAUUCCUUCCAAAUAUGGGGACUACUUCACAGGGGCAUUUAUCCCCCCCACUGAGUGGACCUUAAGCAGACAAGUACCAUAUGGACACCCAGUGCCCCUUUUUAAGUAUGAGCCUCCCGAAUGGAGGGUAAAGAAAGGCGACCAUUUAGAAAACACCUACUGCUAUGUGUAUGGAAAGGAUGUGGAUGAGGCUUACCAUAGUUUGUCCAAGUCGCAGCUAUUGGAAGAUAGCCAAAUCAGGCGGGAGUUUCUAAAACGGGAGGACGACGUGUUGGACAACUGGUUUUCCUCCUCUCUGUACCCCUUACACUGCAUUAAAGAGCUGGGGGUUGAUUUGCCAGAAUUCCUGCGCCUCAGAGGAAAUCUGGUGGACUUCCUCCUCACAGGGAAGGACAUUCUGCAGCCGUGGGUGGUGCGCAGCUUCGUGGUCCUGAACUAUAUGCUGAAGCAUUGGGGGGAGGAUGGGAAACCUGUGAAGAAGCACCCGGUCGAAGAUGCCGAUAUGAAGACCGAUUAUACACCUCCUCCACUCGCUGCUACCGUCAAAUUCCACGGAAUUCUGAAGGACCAAACAGGGAGGAAAAUUAGUAAAAGCGAAAUGAAUGCAUCUUACUACGAUAACCUUGUGCGGGAAGCCAACGUGGAUGAAGUAAGGCUCUCCUUCUGUUUUAUACAGAGAGACACAGAGGAUGUGCACCUAAGUGAAAACAUCAACCGGAAGAGCAGAAAAUUCUUGGCAAAAUUAUGGAACGUUGCAAAAUAUAUUGAGCAGAAGUGUCCCCUACGGUCGUACGAGCAAAUGAACAGAUGGUCCGCGUCCACAGCAUCUAACACCAACCUUGCCAUACUUACUCAUUUAGAGAGGACCCCCCAUGCAAGGAUCUCCCACGUAGGCACCUUUCGCAGGUACCUCCAGAUGGUGAAUUCAGUUUUGUGUGAGAUGAAGGAUUAUAACGUGGGGAAAGCCAUUAACGUAAUUUUUAACUUUUUGGUAAAUAUUUUUUCCAAGUUUUAUUUGACUCUCCAUUCCGGUGGGUACUUCAAGGAUGGGGAGGACAAACUCAUUAGUAAUUUUCUACCCGUUUAUAUCUUCAGGGGAAUUCUGAAAAUUGUUUUCCCCUUCGUUCCACAUAUAUCAGAAGUACUCUACAUUAGAUUUUUUCACAGGGAGCAAAUGGAUAGUGUUGGAGAGCGCCAGAAACCAUUCCAUGUGUCCACCCCCUUGUCGAGCAACUACAAUUUGAUGAAGAAUGAAAUGCUUGCACAAAUAGGGGAGAUGCCUACCCCCCUGGAUGAAUCCUUCGAUGUCUUUACGCAAUUGUACACCCUCCUGGCGAAGUACAGAAGGGAGAAGUACCUUCUGCAGGGACACACCUUCCAUGUUUACCUCAAGCAGAAUUAUCAGGAUGAAGUACCAAUUGAAUACUUUAAAAAUGAGGAAGCCUCUUUGGAAAAAUUUCUCGGAGUGAAUGUUCGAUUUACACGUGAUCGUAAAUUUCCGUUGGAGGGUAACUCCUCUGCUUAUAGGAAUUCCACAUGGGAAAUAAUACACGACGACUCAUCUUUCACCAUUACAGUUGGGAGGGGAGCAACGGAGGUACCCACGGGGAGUUCAUCCUGA